AUGGCUGAUGCACCGCCCAAGGGAAACCGCGAUUGGGCGUUGGACAGUACACCGACCAAGCUGGUACGCCAACCGCGCGAUCAGCCAGACGCCCAGCAAGGCAGCAACCCAUAUCCCGUACAGUCAAUGAACUGGAUUUGGGUGGCCUUUUCAUACAGGUAUGAGAGGGCCGGAGGCAUUGUCUCUGGGGGAGCGGAAGUUGGAUCUGGCAGAUGGGAGAUGUCGGCUUAUAAGCAUUUUCACGGCGUCGCCUUUGGCCACCGGUACGGUAGGUGCGAUAUAACCUCAUUAUUGAUGGUUGGCCUCCGCGCCCCUCCUCUUGUAGUUGCUGAUGGUGAGGCGGUCAAGUUAAUGACAGACACCCGCUUAUUUGCCCGUGAAACCAUGCGGUUAAGUCCGAAAAACGCUGGGUCUUAUCCCCGCUUCCAAACCGAUGCCCAGGCAUCAGAAAUCUGGGGUGUGCCGAUUGCCGAAGAUGAUCUGUAG